AAAACAAAAAGCCAGUUGCUCCCGAAGAGGCGGCAGUUUGACGGCCAAAAUCGGCCAUAUCGAGGCUGAUGUCAGCGUUAACCCUGAUAAGAAACUUUAAAGACAUCUUUGGUUAGACUGGAGGACAGAAAGUUAGCUUUGCCCAUGAAGCAGAAAAUGGAAACGUCCUGGGCUCCCGGUCCACCAUCCCUGCUCAGUUUAUCUGGAUUUGGGCCUUUAGCCCCACCUGCUGACUGCUUUCCCUCCAAAUUAAACCAGCGGAGGGGAACAGUUCAGAGGCUGGAUCUGACACUGGUCCGAGAGCUGCGGCGCGCCCUGGGCCUGGCCGCCGCCGCCUCCUUCAAGCACGUCAGCCCCGCCGGUAAGACGCCGCCGCCGGAGAGCGCCGCGGCUGAGAUCGGCCUUUAA